ACGCUGCUCGUUUAUCUAUCCAAGCGUACAAUAACCCACCCCUCCCCGCCGCCAUUUCCAUGCUAUCGCACUCGAUCCUACUCUUUUGCGUCCUCCUUCAAUAUGCUCAAAUUCAGUGCCCUCCAGGAUCCGGAACCGUCGGUCACUGAAGUUCAGCAUGUACCAGAAAACCAGCCGGAGCAGGAAGACUAUGAGAACAGCGAUGAGCUCGCACGGGAAAAACAUAUUCGAUCCAAGGUGGACCUAAGACUGUGUUCCAUCGCUGGUAUUCUCUGUUCCCUCAACCUUUUGGACUCUGGUGUUAUAUCGAGCGCUUCAGUCACGUCCAUGCUGUCAGACUUGGGCCUCGAUCAAGGCAAUCGCUAUUCCGUAGCCAUAUUCAUUUUUACCAUAGCAUCCAUUACCUUCCAGUUACCGUCGACUAUCGCUGUCCGGAUCUUCGGUCCACGGCGGUGGUUCUCCUUCAUCACCUUUUCUUUUGGCAUUAUUACCUUGUGCACUGCUUUUGUGCAAAAUUGGCGCCAGAUGAUCGCCCUGAGGAUCUUAUUGGGCAUUAGUAUGAGCGGAAUAUACCCAGGAUUGACCUAUCUCAUCUCUACUUACUAUAUUCGUAAAGAACAACAACUUCGUUUUGCCCUUCUGCAGAGCGGCGAAGUUACGGUACUGGCGACAGGGAGUCUGGUCAACUAUGGCCUGAAUCAGUUAGACGGAAAUAUGUCCCUCAAAGGAUGGCAGUGGAUGUUCAUCGUCCAAGGCGCAAUAACUGCGUUUCUUGGGGUUCUCACGUACUGGUGGAUGGUCGACUUUCCGGAACAUGCCCACAAAAGCUUCAUGUUUCUCGACGAGGAAGAAGCCCAGAUUAUUGCUUCGAAAAUCAACAAGGACAGAGGUGAUGUGCAAGCUGAGCCUUUUGCGUGGGCAAAAGUUCUGGUCCACGCCAAAGACCCAAAAGUGUACGGCUUCAGCAUCCUCUACUUCUUACAGAACCUCGUUUCCACCUCACUCUCGUACUUCCUUCCCAUCAUAUUACAAGGCGGUAUGGGUUUCUCCACCAACACAGCCAUUUUGCUUUCGGCGCCACCGUACUAUUAUGCAGUCAUCCCCGCCGUUGCAUCUUCUCUCAUUGGCGACCGAUGGUUACGUGGCCCUAUCAUCACAUUCAACUGUCUGUGUCUCAUCACAGGCUUCUGCAUGCUUGGCUUCUCAACUCAGGUGACUGUGCGUUAUAUCGGAACCUUCCUUGCAACAGGCGCAUACGUAGCAAACUGGGCGGGCAUGGCUGCUUAUCAAGCCAACAACAUAGUUGGUCAGUGGAAAAGAGUUUUCACAGCUGCUGCUAUCACAGCGGGCAAUGGCGCUGGGGGCAUUGCUGGCAGUUUCAUAGUCAGGCAGCCGGAAGCCCCGAACUACAUGACGGCGAUAUGGGUUUCCAUUGCCUCGCAUUUGAUGAUCAUAGGUUGUAUUGCAAUUUUCACAAUAUACUUCUACACCGCCAACCGGCGGCAGAGCAAGGGCAAAAAGAUCAUCGAAGGCACGGCAGGAUUUAGAUUCACAUACUGA